AUGCCAUCCAAGCCGGUGCCGCGCCCAAGCCCCAAGCCAUCGCCCCGGCCCAGCCCCAAGCCCAAGCCUGUGCCACAGCCAGCCUCCAGCAACGCCUUCUACAGCCCAUUCUUUGGGAGGAACGGGGAGAUGUGGAGCCCCCGGGCUCGCCUGGCAGACUGGAGUUAUGCCGGUUACAUGGGCCUGCAGGCCGCCAUCCCCAGCUACCCAGUCAAGUUUAAUGUGCGGGAUUUUGGGGCGAAAGGAAAUGGCAAAACAGACGACACCAAGGCAUUCAUAGCGGCGCUGGCGGCAGCCUCCGAGGUGGCAGCGCUGUUCAACACAUUUGACUGUAGCACGCGUUGGCGACAGAGGCGGUGCACGAGCCCGCACAAUGGCUUCCUGAACCAGGGCAAACAGGGUGUGGCCGUGUUUGUGCCGCCCGGCACGUAUGUCAUCACCCAGAGCAUCACCAUCACCCAAAGCAAUGUGGUGCUGCGAGGCGCCAGCAUGGGAAACACUAUCCUGUUCUUCCCCAAGCCGCUUCAAGCCAUUUACGGCAGGAGCCAGUCCUGGUCCUUCGGCAGCGGGUUCCUGAUCAUCGACGGCAACAAUGCCGGCGGCAACCAAGCCAAGUACCAGCUGGCGCGGGUCACAGCCGACGCCGACAAGGGCAGCUGGCGCCUGCAGGUCAGCAGCACUGCUGGCAUCCAAGUGGGCCAGUGGGUGCGCAUCUAUGCGCUGGCCCCCUCCCCAAACAGACGCCGCCAGCUGCUGCAGAACGGCACCGCCGUGCCCGCCAGCGGGCCCGGGGGCGACGCGGUGGGCAUCGCCGUCGAGCAGAGCGGCGCGGGCGGCGGCGCGGGCGGCCUGCUGCCUCUCACCCCCGUGCUCCAGCGCCAGGUGGCGGUGGCUGCUGAGUAUGCAGCCUCCGAGCUGGCUGAGGAGGGGGUGUGGGCUUCAGCCAGGGGCGGCACCCUGGAUGCCUACCUGUAUGGAGACAACCUGGUGGACAGCGGCACCAAUGCGUUUGAGGGUGCGGACCACAUCCGUUUCUCUUUCAGAGUUACGGCCAAGGGCAGCAACUGGAUCCAGCUGUCACGGCCCCUGCCUUACAACCUCCGCACUCGGUGGCAGGUGCAUGUGUACCAAAUCUACGCCUCUGUGCAGCAUAGCGGCAUAGAGAACUUCACUUUCAAGUUCCCCUGGGAUGUCUACCCAGUGCAUCUGGGGUGCAAGGGCUACAAUGCCAUUGCAGUCACCAGCGUCGUCAAUGCCUGGAUCCGCAACAUCAGGAUCAUCAACGCCGACAACGGCAUCGUGGUCACCCAGUCUGACUUUGUGAGUGUGCGGUCCGUCUCGUUGGUGGUGGAGAGGCCGCGCUGGAGCCAGAGCACCUACCCCGACAACGGCCACCAUGCCCUCAUGAUCGGCCGCUCCGCAGACGUCUCCUUCCGCUUCUUCAACAUCGGGACCCGCUAUAUGCACGACCUGUCCCUGGAUGGCUUUGCAGAGCGGAAUGUGUUUUCUAGCGGCACGGGCGUCGAUAUGAACAUCGAUUGCCACCGUGCAGGGCCUCACAACAACCUGUUCGGCCUCUUGAGGCUGGGCAAGGCCACACGCGCCUUCCGCAGCGGCGGCGAAGAGACCCGGGGCGCACACUCAGGCGCGCGCGCCAACAACACGUUCUGGAACAUAGCCCCAUCUGCGCGAGGCGCCAAGCUGGAGCUGCCGUCCUGCGAAUUUGGCCCGCUGCUCAACUUCAUUGGCUCCUACCUGCCCCCCGUCCAGUCCAGGGACUCACGCUAUGCGGAGUCGGUCGCCGCUACCUCUGCCGCCACUGAGGGCAACGCGACUUUGGGCGGCAUCGGCGGCAGCAAUGCCACGGGCGCCACUAUCAGCAGCGAUGGCGGCCUGGUCGGCAUCGCAGAUGCAUACAACCCGGCAUGGUGCUUGAAGAAGAAGUGGCGAAUCACCCUGGUGCCGCCGGGCCGGGUGCUGCUCCCUAGCAACCUGUUCCAAGCCAUGGCGGAUACGCGCAGGCAGCGGGGACUGGGCUAG